AACAACCACACUUCCAUUGUACCCUUUUUUUCUUUGAAAGUUGCAUAGUACUUGCUUAGGAGGACUAAAAUGGAAAGGUCAUAACAACAUCUACACCAAAUAUAGUAGGCGAGCCACUGCCCAAGUGGCCAGGUCCAUGCUCACAUGGGUUGGACUCUUGAGCACUCCUCGAUCGGCCUUGUUUAUCUUGUAAUUGGUGGAAGAGUUGCACUUUCCAACUGCAGGUAGGCAACAGGAAUAUACAAUUCGGAGUUGCUGAUCGCAAUCUCACGGAGAGCAAGAGUCCAGCAGUAAUCUAUUCAGUGUGCUCGGUGCUCAAUGCGCCUUGACCAAACCACCCCAUCCGCACCGCACCCUUCUCUGCUUUAUCUUAGCCUGCCGAGCCACGAGUGGCAUGGCGCACGACCGUGCUGAUGCUGCGCAUCGCUCUCACUCACUGGUACUAGCUCGCAGCGGACGAAUGAUAAGUAUUCCCGGCCCUUGUCCGCUCCUACUCGUCCGUCACUGAUGACUGAUGAUCUUUGUCCACCACUGUCUAGCCACCGUCUUAUGCUGUCAGCCAUUCGCUUAAAUUCAUCAGCUUUUCAAGAAUCCACGCUCGAAUCCAGAGCGUGUGAUUACAACAGAUCAACAAGGCUGACAUGGAAGCGGUCAUGGCAAGGAUUCAUCUCGUGCUGGUGCUGUGCGUGGCGGCGGCGGCGGCGCUGAUGGCUUCUUUUUGCGCCGCCGCCGGCGAGGGUGCGGCGGCAACGGCGCAGGAGCUGCGGCGAGGCUUCUCGGUAACCCACGACCAGUCCUACUCGCAGUUCCAGCCGGUGCUCGCCGACCCCACCGGCGCCUUCGCGCUCGGCUUCCUCCGCGUCAACGCCACCAUGCUGGACCUCGCCGUCCUCCACCUCCCGUCGGCCUUCCCGCUCUGGCGCGCCAUCCCCGACCGCCCGGCGCCCUGGUCCGCGCCCGCCUCCCUCACCUUCGACGGCGGCCUCGCGCUCACCGACCGCGCGGCCAACAAGGUGCUCUGGUCCGCCGCCGCCGCCUCUGCCUCGGCCGGCGACCGCGUCGUCCUCCUCAGCACGUCCAACCUCCAAAUCCAGAGCACCAGUGCUGGUGUCGUGUGGCAGAGCUUCGACUACCCGUCGGACACCAUCGUCCAGGGCCAGAACUUCACCUCCGCGGCGGCGCUCUUCACCCUCGACCGGCGCUUCGCGAUGCGGCUGGGGAGCAACUACUUCGCGCUGUACAUCGAGCCGCCGCCACCGUCGUCGGGCGGCGUCGCCGCCGCCAUGUACUUCAAGCGCACGGCGCUGGAGGCCAAGGCCCAGAUCGUGGCCGGCGGCGGGCCGACCUACGCGCGCGUGGAGCCCGACGGUUUCCUCGCCAUGUACCAGAAGGAGGGGCCACCCGCCGACGUGCUCUCGUUCGACACCUUCAACCGGGGCGUCCGUGCCCUCCGCCGCAUGACCCUGGAGCCCAACGGCAACCUCCGCGCCUACUACUGGGACGGCACCCGGUGGGCCCUCGACUACACCGCCAUCACUGAGACCUGCGAGCUCCCCACCACCUGCGGCGCCUACAGCGUCUGCGCGCAGCCCAGCGGCGGGUGCGAGUGCCUGGCCAACGCGACCGACGGCUCGGGCUGCGCCGCCGCCACCCCGGCCUCCGUCAGGGGCAGCCUGUGCGGCACCACGGGCGGGGAAGUCGGCGGGCUGUACUGGGCGGUGCGGCGGCAGGGCGUGGAGCCGGUGAACAAGGAGCUGCUGGGGUCCGAGCACGCGGCGUCGGCGACGGAUUGCGAGGCGCGGUGCGAGCGCAACUGCAGCUGCUGGGGCGCGGUGUACAGCAACGGCACCGGGUACUGCUACCUCUUGGACUACCCGGCGCAGCUGCUGGUGGUGGGCGACGAGCGGAAGCUGGGCUACUUCAAGGUCAGGAGCCUGCAGGAGGCGGCCGGGCGCGGGCGGAGCGGCGGCGGCGCGGGCGGGGUCAAGGCCGCGCUGCUCACCAUAGGCGUCGCGGCGGUUGUCGGCGCGGCUGCGUUUGGGGCGUACAGGGUGUGGGACAGGAGGCGGCGGACCGCCGCGGACGCGAGGCGGCAGCUGGGCGCCGUCGACGACGGGCUCUCGCCGGGGCCGUACAAGAACCUGGGGUCCUUCAGCUCCGUCGAGCUCACCAACUCCUUCCGGAGGUAGCCAGGUCUGGGAGAUCCGACAGCUGAGAUGGGAAGUUGUCCAAUAGACCCUGCGGCCGCCGGGAUCUCCCCGCCGUGAAGGGACAAGGCGCAGCCGGCCAGGCGCGCGGGUUGGCGAGAACGGCGGCUAUCGAAGAGCGGAGAAGGCAAGCAAAGCAAACAAAGGUGGAAGUGGAAGGGCAACCGAAGUUGAUCUCUGAAUUUGGCGGCUCGUUUGGUUGGGUGUAAUUGGUGCAAGGGAACGAGAGUUUUUCUUAUCUCUAUCUCUACUCAAAAAAUUUAAUUGGGCAAUAAUUUUUGGUGCGACCUUUACCCCCACCUCCCUUGGUCAUUCUGCCGAUCGAAACGUCUUCCAUCUCGUACGUCCAGCUGCCCCGCAUUGCCUCCAUGGCGCCUCCAUCGAUGUCGUCAUCCCCGCCGCGUCCAGAUUGCAGCGGCGCCAUCUUGGGUCGACGACGCUAUCCACGCCGCGUCCAGCUCGCCUCUGCGCCGCUCGAGUCGCCGCCGCCGUCCCCACCGCGCUGCCGCCAUCCUUCGUCUUCGCCGCCGCCACCGCCCCGCGCGGCCCUUCCUCCUCCGCCCCUAGCCCCAGCCCUACGCCGAACCAACCCCGGCACCCACCCCGCCCACGCUCUGCGGUGCAGGGGCCACCGUCGCAUCCCUGAGCCCUCUCCCACGACUAGACUCCGGCACCCACGCCAUCCACGCGCCCGGGGUCUACCUGGACGAGCUCAUCGCCUCUUCCUCAUCCGCGGCGGCGGCGGCAAGGACGUGGAGAUGGUCGGGGAGCGCCUCCAGGACGUGGGGAUCUUGAACGGCUCCACCAGCAGCGCCGCAGGGGAUGGUUCUGCACCUAAGCCGGAAGAGGUGAAACGGCUGCCUGGUCGUAAGGUCAAGAAAAAGUUCCGGCCACCAUGUGCCAGCAGAUGGACUCUAUCACCAAUACCAGAGCCCCUGAACAGCCGCGUGACCUUAGAAGAGAACGUGAGAGAGUGUAUUCUGCCUCAAUGAUAUCUGAACAAAGGGAGGAAAGGAACAGGAAACGACGAGAGGCUUACAAAAGGAAGAAGUGUGAUGCAAACAACAAGGAAAAUGACCUAGGUUUCCAUCUUUGCUGAUAUGAUACGGAGGGGCUUACACGAGGGGUUGCCUAUCAAUUCUUUUCGGGUGACUCCUAUAUAUUUAAUCAUGGUUCAGCAGGAAGGCACAGAAGUCGUAUGCCCCCCAUUAUGGAAGAAGAGACGAAUACGUCAUUGCAGAUCCGUACUCGCCGACCUCGUAAACUUUUCUCCUUCCCUCACCGCUGUGAAAAUGACCUCUGCACCGAUCUCUACAACUUUGCCGCCGCCUGCGACCUCCAUUCACAAGGAGAGGGAGUUUACUUGGGAUGGGGAGAGAGAGCUUAGAGACUCAAUAAUUCCUACCAAUCUCUUCCCAUAGGGAGGGGUGGUAAUUGAGAGGGAAUUCUGGUUUAAAAUGAAAAUAAAUGAUCUUAACCAUUCAUUAUGAUUUAUGAUAUGAUUUUUCACA